CCGUCACGCCAACUGUCACGACCGCACAGUGGCACACGCUGUCCGCUCCUUCCGCACCCUUCACCAGGACCUUGUACCCGUUCAACCCUCUCCUGAUCAUGGCAACACCAUUUCUCGUCGGUGUCGGCGCAAUCGCAGCCGCUGUUGUGGGCAGACAGAUGAUACGCAGGGCGGGCCAAGGAGCCGCUGAGCAGUGGGUCAAGGGCGGCUUCAAGGCGAAGAUGGACCGCAAGGAAGCUAUUGCUAUCCUUGGUCUAAAAGAUAGCCCACAACUACGGAGCAGGCUCAAGGACGCGCACCGCCAGAUCAUGCUCGCCAACCACCCCGACCGCGGCGGUUCACCAUACCUUGCCAGCAAAAUCAACGAAGCAAAAGACUUGCUUGAAAAGACCGAGAAGAGGUAGCAGGGCGGUCUAUCUAUCACGAUGCAUUCAUGUCACUACUGUACCGUAUCCUUAUAAUACCAGCACCAUUCAGCCGAGCAAUACCUCGUCUUCCAUCU